AUGCCUGCCACCACGGCGGACACGCUAUCCCUCGUCAACCGCUCCGUCACGGUUGCCCCGUUAGUCCUGCUCUCCGUCGCCGAUCAUUACGGGCGCACAGCCAAGGGCACUCGGAAACGUGUCGUUGGUGUACUGCUGGGUGAGAACUCGGGCAAUAAUGUGCGCGUAUCCAACAGCUUCGCAGUUCCGUUCGAGGAGGAUGAGAAGGACCCAUCGGUUUGGUUCUUGGAUCACAAUUUCGUCGAGUCGAUGAGGGAUAUGUUCAAGAAGAUCAAUGCUCGGGAGAAGCUGGUUGGCUGGUAUCACUCUGGCCCGAAGCUGCGUGCUUCUGAUCUGGAGAUCAAUGAGCUCUUCAAGAAAUACACCCCGAACCCCUUGUUGGUGAUUGUCGAUGUACAGCCCAAGGAGGUCGGCGUGCCUACAGAUGCCUACUUUGCUGUGGAUGAGAUUAAGGAUGACGGCACCACAACCUCUCGCACUUUCGUACACACACCAUCGAUAAUCGAGGCCGAAGAGGCCGAGGAGAUUGGCGUGGAGCACUUGCUCCGAGACAUCAGAGACGUCGCCGUCGGCACGCUUUCCACCCGCAUCACGUCACAGCUUCAGUCAUUGCAAGGAUUGCACCUCCGGCUGCGUGACAUUGGCCGAUAUCUCCAGAAGGUCCUCGACCACGAACUCCCCGUCAACCACGCUAUCCUGGGUAACCUCCAGGACGUCUUCAACCUCCUCCCCAACCUGUCUACGCCAUCGGCCACACAACGGAUCAGUGGUCAGGAGACACAAACCGAGAACAGCGAACUGGCUCGGGCGAUGAGUGUGAAGACCAAUGACCAGUUGAUGGCCAUUUACAUCAGCAGUCUGAUCCGCGCUAUCACGGCAUUCCACGAUCUGAUCGAGAACAAGAUCCAGAACCGACAGCAGCAGGAGGAGAGUGACUCGAAGCGGGAGCAGGAGAUCAAUGCGGCCAAGGGUGAGAAGGACGGCAAGAAGGCCAAUGGCUCGGCGACGGGCGAGCAAAAGGAGGAGCAGGACAGCUCUGACAAGAGCAAGAAGAAGAGCUAA